UGAAUUUUUACCAUUUUUGCUGAGAACUCUUGUGUCUUCCGCGUGAAACUGUCUAGAGCUGGUCUUAGUGCUUAAAAGUGUGCAUUAACAUCGAUAUUUCUGGGCGGUUUUUUAUCGUCGUGAAAUCAAUCUUUGCCUCGGAUUUAAAUGAACACAAAAUUUACAUGAGCUCCCCAGCCAAUAUCUUGUCGCGCUUUUGCUUUUGUCGCCUGACAUAGACAAUCAGUGGAAGUUCUCUUUGCCAGAUUUGCGAAAUUAUAUUAGCACCACCGCACCAAAAUAGACAGUAGAGCCAUUACGGCAGAUAGCUCGAUAAUAUGUUAUUAAGCGGAUGUUUUUCAGCGCGCGCGAGCGUACGGUCGGCACGUAAGUCUCUUGUUCUCACAAAAAUUUCCACUAAGCGCGAUUUCCACUAAACGCAACAAGAUUUUUCGUCGAUUUGUCCUUGCGAAAAAGGGCACAAAAUUGACAGCAACUGAGUCAAUGACCAUUGGAGGUAGUUAUUGGUCACGCUUGACAAAGGAUUAGUCGUAAACUGCUGAAGCUAGCGCUUCGACCUAGGUCGAUGCCAUUUUUACAAGCAGUUAUUAAAGGAUCGUUGUGACGCAGAGGGAGCUGAACAGAGCUGCAGCUCCUUCAACCUGUAGAUCUUAGCCACAAUUCCUCAGCAGGAUCAAGCGCUGCUGGAAAGCGCAACGCACUCUGUAGAUAUGAGCUCAAUGAACCAUGAAUUGCAGUUCCUUCGAGGUAAUCAUUUUCCGGAGGGCUUGGAACAUUCGGAAGACCCAGCGCUGCGGAAAGAAAGGCAGAUAUCGCGAAAAAUUCUGGUAUUUGCUUCUACUGUGGCGGUGAUGGGGAUAGUUUGUUUGGUGAUUGGAAUCGCCUUGCUUCGAAUGAACAGAUCGGAUAAGACGAACUCCACUCUGAGCCCGGACGGCGACAGUAAAUUGGAAUGUGAAGGAAAGUCGAUCAUAACACCGAAGACCAGGAAUUUCACCGACAGCUGCAGUUAUUCAACAGAGUUCAAGGCAUCAGGUCUCUUGAAAUUUGUAAACAAACUGAAGGUGACGUUCUACCAGUUGCACCCGUACGAAGUGCCAUACAAACCUCGAGUAUCACCGGACGAAGUUAGGAAAAGCUUUAAAGCUUUUGAUCCUUUACCAAGUAACAUCAAGAGCAUCACAGACUCUGCGCAAUUGCUGUUACAAGAGCUUAACAAGCUGCGUGUUAAUACAGUGCUUCUGAAGACGAGAGAGGCAAAGGCAGUGGCGGAAUUGAAGCAUUUCUUGGAACAUAGUUUUGGCAAUGUGUAUGACUUUGACUACUAUUCAGGUCAAUGGAUGCUUGGUCCCAACAGAUUCUGUUACACAAAGAAUAUCGUCCGAUUGCCAUUUCAUUUUCGAGCGUUUCUAAAGAUGUUGUCUCCAGAGACCGUGGAAGAUAUGGAGGCCAUCAUUGAAGCUUUAAAAAGCUUUGGAAAAGGAAUAAAGCGAUACCGAGAAAAUAUCGAGCUUGGAGUCAAAGUUGGAAUGGUUGGUUCUGUAGAAGAAUGUAGGGUUGGACUUGAUUGCUUGAAUCAAAGAUACCCAAAAAUUUCAGACAGCUUACGAGAAGAAGACAUUAUGAUGGAAUCGUUUGCGAAUCCAUUUCUAACUGAAGCGUUUAUCUUGCGAUUUCAAAACACGUCGAGACUGUGGUUUAAGAAGUAUAAUAUAUCUUUAGACCAAUCAAUGGCGGACAGCUUGAUAACCUACGUAGGUGUUCCUUUAGUUAAUUUGCUGCGAUACUUGGCGACGGAUCACAUGAAGCACUGCGUACCUAGUAAUGUUUCCAGCGGUCUUUUCAAUCGCCCAUUGCGUUAUGUCUACUAUAACGGAGUACCUAAUGUGUCUGAGCCCGCGACUAUGAAGUUGCCCAGCGGUGAAAUGAUCGAUGGAAAGGCUGGGUAUGAGAGAACUAUGCGUUUUUUUACAACAACCAAUCAUACGGCUGAAUCUGUUCAUCAGCUUGGUUGGUCAUUGUUGAAGUGGCUCUAUCCUCAAGCUUUGACUAUAGCUAAGUCAAUCACUGGACUUGACAACGAAACGAAAGCUGUGGAAUCGUUCCGAAAGCUUAUCCACUCACCAUCUAUGUACUUCAACGAAGAGCCCUUCCCUCGAAACGAAUCUGACGAAAGAGCGCAUAGGUGGUGCAGCAAUGAAAAAGCUGCAAGAGAAUUCUGUCCCGUUCGCUACGCCGCCAUGCAGCGCUGGUUCGAAUUUUCUCGCAGCACUCUCAGUCAACUGGAGCCCAAACUCUUACGAAUGUUUCACUGGCCUCUGGGACCCUUAAAGACCACCCCGGUUUGCCCUGUUGCUAUAGCAAUUGACUUUAUGCCGACCACUUCAGCUCAGACUUACACCUCGAGUUUUCGCAGCUGCAAACAGCCGGCCAUGUACCGAAUUCCUUUCUUCUUGGACCGAAUGGGCCCGAAGUAUUCCGAGUGGACAACGAGCGCUCACGAAGCCAGGCCGGGCCAUCAUUUGCAGUCUCAGGGGCACGUGGAGAAUUUCUUGGACUGGUGCGGUCCAAUAGUAAGUGCGUUGGUCAAAAGCAGAUACAUUGCUUUCUCUGAGGGGUGGGCACUGUACGCAGAGAAUCCCCUCGUUGCCGCAGAAACGGAUGUUUACGUCCACAGUCCACUCAGAUUUUAUGGAAUGCUCAAAUGGCAGAUAUGGCGUGCACUUCGUCUUAUUGUGGAUACAGGUCUUCACUUCAAGGGCAUGACACGUGACCAAGCCAUUCAGCUCUUCGACGACUACGCGUGGGACGACAGUGAUGUGGCGCGAAAAGAAGUGACACGCUACCAGAGCGGUCCUGGCCAGGCGACCGCGUACAUGAUAGGUCAGCAGGCUUUUAUAGACAUCCGGCAAAACGCAGAAAGGAGACUGGGACCAAUGUUUGACAUACGGGACUUUCACUUCUACCUGUUGUCACAGGGGCCUGGGCCCCUUGGUUACGUGUCCAAUCGGAUUGAUUACUACGUGCAGUGUACGCUAAAUGGAACUGCCACUGGCUGUGAACAAUUUUUCACCGCAGAGAACGAUAGAAAACUUUUCUUUAGCGGAAAGAGAUACGAUUCUGAAUUUGAAUGGGAUGAUUUAAAGGAGUUUUACUUUGCGCCUGAUAUACAUGAAUUUUAACAACGAAAAUGACGUGUGUUUUAUAUAUAAAAAAGAACUUCAAAAACUAAAUACACUACAGCGGAGAUUUUUGUAAUGUUAUGGAAAACUGAAGGAGGUUUUAUACUUUAUUUCAAGAGUGGAAUCUGCAUAUGGAACACAAGGCUAACAACAAGGUUACUUUUAGUGUAAUCGGUGUUAUCUCAAUGGCUGCGAUAUUAGCACGCUGCUCAAAUGUUAUCCGGUAUUGGAGAUUGGACACUGUUAACCUAAGCUGCUCGAAUUCCAAUCCGGUAAAUAAAAGAUAUACCACUAUCGUGUUUAAAGAAGAUGUUCGAGUUUUUUCUUAUAGAUUUGAUAAGUGAAGUUAUUAUGACGAAAGUGUACGAAUAUGGCAGGCUGCACGGAAAAAGCUUUUAGAAAGUUUUUGAAGCAAUGGCAAAGAUAAUGCUAAUGUAAAUGAUGACCUAUAUAUAUAGUGUUUAUUUGCAUAAGAAGAUAUACAUGUUGUCUAUUAUAGAAAUUAUUCACCAGCAGCAUCAGAUAUAUUCUCUAUUUCUAAUUGGAUUGAGUAAUUAUUAUUGGAGAUUUCUCGGAUUCCGGAACCAGUUAUAACACAUACUGAAUAGUUCCAAUAGAAGCUCCCCAACCCCCCACCCCUUAGCCUGAUUCUCAGACUGUCCAGGUCGUUCGCGGCCUCGCACUCUCUCUGCGUGGCUACGAACGACCUGGACCGUCUGAGAAUCAGGCUACCCACCCCAACCCCGUACCGAAAAUCAGCUCACUCUAAUCUGCAGUCUGUCUACACUCGGUUCUCCUUUUCCUUAAUAAAAAGAAUAUCUCUUUAACACACACCUGCCAUCUUGAAAUGGCGCUCGUUCAUUCCUAGACAAUUUUCAAUUUUUUUUCCCCGCGUUGACGUUUGGUCAGUACCAACAACCUCGAAAGGCCCUGGGAACGAGGUUGCAGUAUUUAUUUAAGCCUCCAGGGAUUGAACGAGCUCGAUCACAAGAGGUUUGGGAGGUGAGUUAGGAUAACAUCAAAGUUUUUUGCCCGCUCUGUGUUCGUCCUCGCUCCCUCACACGCUCGCUGGCUUGACUACGGUGAGAAGGAAACAAAGUUAAAUUCAGAAAUAUUAGGUAUGAAGUUUUUAUGAUAAUUAAAACCGGUGAAAAUGCUGCCGCAUCUACUUCACCGUUGGGCGCGUACGACGCACACCCGAAAGCAUAAUACUGUCCUAGACAUGCCAAACGAUAUAUACAUCCGCAAAACAGUAAAAUUGCGAAAUGUUGUACCCCUGAUUUGCAUAAUCUGACUCCCCCCACUACAACCCGUAACUCACGAGUUAAAAAUUUUGGC